AUGAUUUGUUUUAUGAGAUUUGCGUCAAUAGUAGUCGUCUUAUACCUGAGUUCUGAGCUCAUCGACGGCUCCAUCCGAGGUCUUCAAAGGAAAUUCUCGACCGAUGCGCCCACUCUUCAGACCACUUCUGGACAACUCCGAGGUCUUCAUGUCGUCAAAUCAAAGCAAGUCGAAGGCUAUCAAUAUUUAGGCGUUCCGUACGCCGAGCCUCCCGUCGGAAAACUUCGCUUUCAAAGACCUCAAGCGCUGAAUGAGACCAAUGAGUUGAGAGAUGCCACUGAAUUUGCGCCGACAUGUGUUCAGAUGAGACAUUUGCCACAACUUAUUAAUCCUCUCCUCAAUGUCGAUGAGGAACACAAAACUUCUGAAGAUUGUCUGUAUCUCAACAUUUAUGUCCCUAAGAAGUUGUCAAACUCCAGACAAAUGUCACUUCCAGUUAUGGUUUGGUUGCCGGGAGAAGGCUAUGACUUUGCGGACGCCCGACAAUUUGACGGCUCAUAUUUGGCUUCUUUGGGAAACGUUAUCGUAAUUACCGUUCAAUACAGAGUCGGUGUCUUUGGAUUCCUGAAAAGCGAUUCAUUCGCCUCUGGAAAUCAAGGUCUUUGGGAUCAGAUUACGGCUCUCAAGUGGAUCAGAAAGAAUGCCAGAGCUGUUGGGGGCGACGCCGACAACAUCACAGUAUUCGGUCGUUUCACGGGUUCGAUGUCUAUAUCAAUACUAUUGACUUCGCCGGCCGUCCGAGACAUGAAUCCACCCCUUUUCAGACGAGCUAUCCUUUUGAGCGGUAUUGCGGUUGGAAAAUGGGUUUUUGAACACAACUAUCAGAGCAGAGCUCAAGAAUUCUUAACUCAAGUCGGAUGUGAAGACACCAAUUGUCUCAACAAACUCUCGGCACAGAAUAUUCUGGAGAAGGCGUCGUAUGGCUGGAGACCAACCUUUGACUCGGAGCUCAUUGAAGAGGAACCGCUCAAAGUGAUGGAGAAAGGGAUCUUUGCAAAGGGUGUGACCGAUGUAAUGCUCGGCACAAACAAAGUCGAGGGAAGUCUCUGUCUAUUAACUCACUUCGCGAGCAAAUCGCGAUUUUACGAUAAGAUCAUUAACAACGAAUUGACUGAAAAUGACUUUUUGGAAAUGAUUGAAAGCGAUAUGAAAAUGUUUUUCAAUCAAAAACACGGCGCAAACGAUACGACCAGUUAUCAGAACAAAGCCUUCAUAUCUGCUCUGAUGAACAAAAACCAGAACUCAUCCCUCCGUCAGAAGUAUCUGGAGUUCUGUUCGUCUCUAUUCAUCACAUCCCAUAUGAAACACUUCAAUAAACUGCUGCAGAAGAGACAACUCACUAAACAAAACUCAGUCAACACAACACUGACCAACUCAUACGUAUAUGAGCUCCAAUACCGGCCCUCCUUCUCGAUUGCCCCCAGUUUUAUAGAGUCCGCCAUUCACGGCGACGAUGUCUUACUGGCCUUUGGUCUCAUCCAUAGCUCUCCAGUCGUUCCCAACAAAGACGACGAAAAGAUGACACAACUAUUGGUCGAGUCGUUCACAAACUUUGCCACUUAUGGCAAUCCCAAUGGUGUCACUCCUUUGGCAGACAACUUGUGGUCCAAUAAUGACAUCUCUGUUAUAGACACCAGAAUCGAAAGCAACAAAACACCUAAAGAUAUGGUUUCAGUGACGCAACUAUUCCUCUUCAGCUCAACCGCUGAAAUCCUGAUCACUUUUCUGACCACUUCGACCACAAUUCUGGCCCUUUUGGCCUUAACUCUGAUCUGUUUUAUAAUUUUCUUUCUCCACAAACAAAGGCAUUCAAUCGAUAAUAAUAAUUACAAGAAAGAGAGCGCUUUGUUGUAA